AUGUCGAACUCUCUUGCUACCUCAUGGGUUGUAGCCCACCAGGCUCCCUGUCCGUGGGAUUUCCCAGGCAAGAAUGCUGGAGUGGGUUGCCAUUUCCUUCUCCAGAGCAUCUUCCCCACUCAGGGAUUGAACCCGUGUCUCCUGUGGCUCCUGCACUGGCAGGUGGAUUCUUUACUGCCACCAGGGAAGCACUACAUGAUGGGUAGUAAGUCUCAAUAUAUGUUAGCUAUUGUCAUUUUUAUUGUUAAGUUUGUUUUGGAAAAUGAACUUACCCAUCUUAGGAACUCCCUUAUUUAUAUAUUUUAA